GUGAAAUCGGGGACGGACGAAAUUUAGUGCAUUUCGUGUACAGGAGGUAUAAAGCUGCUAGAGUGCCCCAUAACCUUGCCAUAGGACGACCACACUAGUUCAACAAAGCAUCUCCACUCAUGGCAUCAGUCACUCUCACCAAAGGCUUCAGGGCCAACCAUAUUGGUCUUCGGGUGGCGAACCUGGAAAGGUCAAUCGAGUUUUAUUCUGGCGUUCUUGGAAUGAAGGAAUUAUAUCGAAUGCCCUUGGAUACCGUCACGGUCGCCUUUCUGGGCUAUGACGACUCCGAGGACUCGGCUGCACCUCUUUUUGCACGACAAGGUGUAUUGGAACUUGUUUGCGCGAAGAAUCCAAAAGGAGCACUCAAGAAUUCACAGGACCAUCCUGACUCCCAUUUUGUCAAACUUGGUUUUACUGUGCCCGACCUAGAAUUGGCCGUGAAGCACCUCAAGAGCCACGAUAUCAAGUUUGUCAAAGAGGCCGGCACAGCCGACCACUCAGGGGUUGCCGCAUCGUUUUUGGGAUGUGAAGCACCCGGUAAAGGAUUUGACAAGUCACUGUGGGAAGCUGUUGUACCUAUUCCAUUCGUUCAAGAUCCGGACGGCUAUCUUAUCGAGAUCAUUCCUUAUUGA